AUGGGCUCUGCAAGUAAAAAGUUGUCGAUUGAAGAUAGACUUCUGAUGACCCUGCUGCGCUUAAGAAGAGGUUGGGAUUUAGACGACUUAGGAUUACUUUUUGGUGUGCAUGAAAGCAGUGCAUCAAAGAUUGUGUACACUUGGUUGCAAUUUAUGUGGUUUGAGCUAAAAAAGCUUGAACCAGCUAUGUUUGUGUCGAGGCAUGUUCAGAAAGAAGUGGGCCUGCCUCCUGCAUUCAAACCUUUUCACAACUUUCGAGUAAUUCUUGACACUACUGAGGUCAGAAUUGAAGCCCCUGAAGAUUUCAGGGAACAAGGCAAUACAUACAAUGACUAUAAAGGAGGCAACGUUAUAAUGUACCUUAUAGGCUCAACAUGUUGGGGCAGUGUAUCAUAUGUGAGCCCAGGAUUUGAGGGGUCUAUCAGUGAUGUAGAAUUGUACAGACGAAGUGGGAUCAGAGAUUUUUUAGAAGAGGGAGAUUUACUGCUUGUUGAUCGAGGAUUCAGAAUACAAGAAGAAUGUGAUGAGGACAAAGUUAUUUGUGUUCACCCUCCAUUUCUCAAGAACAGAGAUAAGUACACACCAGAGGAAGAACAGUUGAAAAGAGAAAUAGCAAAGGUGACUUUAUACAAUGCUAGUUUGACUCUAUACAAUGCUAGUUUGUAG